GCUUAGUGUUGUUUGAUUCUGACCGCCUACCAAUUCAGGGACAAAUCCUUUACCUCUGAUCCUUUGAUGCCAAACGGCGACAUUUCAUGUACGAUCAAAGAAGAUGGAUCCCUUUGGUACUUCCCGUCAAUCAACGGGGGAGGGAAUGAUCUUAUCGCCAGGAACCCAUUCACAAUCGGAGAGUUCGUACACUGCACAUCCACGCUUCCUCGAGUUACAAGAAGAGCUCCGAAGUGCUUUGUUCACCGCCGUCGCUGAUUCAACCCCAAAACAAUACCUCGGAGAAGCGACAGCUGAACCUGAGCUGUCUGAGCUCCGGCGGGAUGUAGAUCUCUUUGCUAGAUCUCCACUCCCCAAGGCUCGGCUGGUCUCUUAUUUGAAGAAUUGGAUCACGGAAUGCGCUCCUUACCUCGAUAAAUUCGACGAGGCUCGCCACUUUGGGGUCCACGUUCCGAUCCUAGCCCGAGAAUCUCCUGGAUUAUUCUAUGCGAUCCUUGCAUUUUCUGCCCGGCAAACCGAAAGAAAAGGUGGACUGCGCAAUUGCCAUGAUAGCCUCGAACUCUACCAGGAGGCAAUUCGGUGGGUAACGCCAGGCCUCCAAGCCAGGGAUCCAAAUGUUCUGGUGACCGCCUGUGUUCUCGCAGUCAUGGAGUUAAUGUCUGUCAGUCCACAGGACUGGAGACGUCAUGUGGAUGGCUGCGCAGCUCUAUUUGACUGCUUUAACGUGAACGGCUUUUCGGGUGGUCAUUUACAGGCUGUCUUCUGGUGCUAUGUGCGGAUGGAGCUGUGUGGAGUGAUCGUGUCCAACGGCGCAGAGAGAACGGUGCUUCCCCUCGAGAAGUGGGUACCCGCUGUGUCUUCGGGCCUGGAUGCGGAAAGCAUUGAGGAUUACGAGAAACGAGUUCGGGAGCUGUUCUUGGAACAAAGCCGACUGACUGCUGACAUGCAUGCAAAUUGGGCCGUGUAUCUAUGUGCCAAAGCAUGCGAUCUAGUAUGCAGGCGCACAAGGCACCUAGAGCUAGGGGAGUAUGAUACGGCCGACCUGCGACCAUUCCAUGAACAAUGGAGCCGACUUUGGGACGACCUACAGUACUGGCUGGAACAACGGCCGGUAUCUAUUCUCCCCAUGAAAUCUACCAGUAUGCAAGGUGAUCGAAUUUUUCCGGAGAUCUUCUUCGCUCAUCAAGCAGCUAUAUCCAGCAACCAACUGUACCACACGGCCUGCAUUUUGCUUCUGGAGAUUAAACCCCCUACCAUUUUAUUGCCCUCAUCAAGUCACUUGGCCUCCUCGGUUUGGCACGCAAGGAGGGUCUGCGGGAUUUCCCUCACAAACCCACAUCCAGGCAACCUCAUCAACGCUAUUCAGCCGUUGUAUAUCGCUGGAAAGCUUCUAAGCCAUCGGCGCGAGCAGAUGACUGUGGCAAGACUCUUCAAAGCCAUCGAGGCGACCACAGGGUGGGGGGCACUAUGGCGACUCAAGGAUCUUGAAGCAGUUUGGGGCUACGAAACGAACGAGAUAUUAUCAGCUAUCUGACUCUAAAUUCUGUCACAUCUUAGGACAUCAUAAAAUGUGGCUGUAUGAGCGACUUACCUGUCGCACUGCGGACACUCCUAUGCUCAUUGAAUAGCAAUCAAUGCUGGUCUGACCUCCAGGGCGAUCUAUCUUGAGGGAGGCACGUGGAGGAUACACAUAUCACUAUCCCCUCUUCCAAAAGACCCCUUGUCAAGGUGUGAAAUGGCUUUUGCGGCUUCGCAGCAUGCUAACGCUACUGGGGUGGUGUAUGUUCACGUACCCACUCAAGACUCGCUUUUGACAAGUGAUAUUAGGUCUGUCGUAUGAAGGGGAUGACUUCUGCAAUGAAGCGUACCUAUUAUGCA